UAAAAACUGUCGUUCCAUUUUCAGUUACUGAAAAGGAGUACGAGAAAGGUCUGGAGGUGAUGGAUACUGCUGAAAAGCGUUCGCGGCAGUAUAAAGACGCCCGUAACCUCGUUAACGAAUACGAGGACCAGGAGUCAGGAAAAAAGAGCAAGAAAGCUGUCACGUCAGCGAGUGAAAGCGAAGAAGAUUCUGACACAUCAACUUCGAGCGAGGAUUGCAGUGAGGAUGAUGCUGAUUCCACAACCAGCGAGGAGGAGGAGGAGGAGGUCAAGAGGAGGACCCCAAAGAAAGCCAAACGCAGUAACGGAGGUGGGCCAAUAGUUAAAGAAGCGCUCUUCUCCAUUAAAAAAGACGAGAAGAAGGAAGCACCAGUAAAGAAGAACGAGACGCGUAAACGUACUGAGAAGCGAAAAGGGAAGGAAGAGAAAGUUGCAUCGGUUAAGCCAAAGCGCGAGAAGGCUGAGAAGGAGAAGGCCAGUACCAAGAAGGCUGCAAAAUCUCCAAGGAUCAAGUCAGUCAAACCGAAGCGGGAGGCCGCAGAUGGAGAAGAGAAAGCAAGAGCAAUAGUCGAAGUGAAAAAUUUCGCUCCACCCGGGGAAGGCGUGGAAGCUGAAAAAGCAAUAAAUUCGGAUGUUCUAUCUUUCAAUGGGAGAAAAGCUGGUUUUCCAGCCGGUAUUCUUCCUCGUCAACACAUGGACGGUGCCGCGGGGUACGAUUUAUUAAGCACGCAAUCUGCCUGCAUCCCUCCGGGUGGAAUGAUGAAGAUUGAGACCAACUUAGUAGUUGGUGUUCCGGAAGGGUACAUGGGUCUCAUCAAAGGUCGUUCUGGCGCUGCCCUACGUUACAUGGUAGACGUGAUGGCCGGGGUGGUGGACCAUGGCUAUACUGGGACGUUGGGCAUCUUGCUCCUAAACCUGGGUAAUCGACCUUAUCAGGUUGAUAAAUAUGACAGGGUGGCACAAUUAGUAGUUGUGAAGCUGUGGGGAGGUUUGCUCGCCUAUGGUGAGGAAUCUCCCUCACUUCCCAAAAUAGUUCCAAACCAGCGCGGGGAAAAAAGGGGGGACAAGGGGUUUGGGUCAACUGGAGGUUAUACCUCUGUGGACAUCAACAUAUUCGAACCGCAAUCAGGCCAGCCAAGUUGCAGUAAGACGGCAUACGUACCGCAGUAAGGCAUAAAAUGGUGCAAUAAGACGGAUUCAAUGUAAAUUUUCACUUUCACUAACUUUCUUCGUUCGGUACUAUUUUCUUUAAUAUUGCUAACAUAUAAAAGCAUUACUGCAAAUUAAAUUAACUUUAAGACAUUAUGAUUCGACUUGCAUCAACGGAAUUGACUUUGUUCAUUAUUUUUAAUAUGUGAAAAUAAAAUUCUAUAAAAUUAAAGUUU